GCUGCAGCGGCCGUGUAUUAUGAGUUUUCUGCCACGGUGCCCGAGCAUGGCUCAGUGUGUCACGGUGACGCGCCCAAGAGCUGCAGAAUCAUGAACGCGCGCCGUCCUUUCGCGUGGAUGGGAUCAGGAAGAGGGACGCGAAUGCAAGGCCGGUGUAAGGCUUCCUUCCUCUGUCCUGGCUUCUACAAGCAGCAGCCUCGCAGAUAGACAGAUCUACCAGCCUGAAGAAGAGUGUUUCUCCUCAUGGAAAAUAUUUCAUCAGCGCUGCCCAGCAAACUCUUGUUUCAUAUCUCAAUUGUCCCAGUGCAAACAAGUAGUUGAUGUCGUUGACUUUUUACUAAGAGAAGUCCAACAACGUCCGCUGAUAACAGCACAGCUCUCAGCUUGAUUGGCUAUAAUCUAGAUGCCGGAGGACCCGAAUAGAAGACUACCCUGAAGAAAGAAAUAAUUAUUGUUUUCCUUCAUCAUCCUUGAAGUUGUGUGUCUUUUGUUUUUGUCCAAUCGUCUGCAAUCAUGGGGGCCACAGGUUACGGCUACUAUCGUGUAGCCAUCUUCUUCUGCAUGUUCAUCGGCUACGCGCUGUACUUCUUUAACAGGAAGACCUUCUCCUUUGUCAUGCCCUCUGUGAUGGAGGAGAUUAAACUGGACAAAGAUGACUUGGGCCUGAUCACCAGCAGCCAGACCAUGGCCUAUGCCAUCAGUAAGUUCAUCAGCGGCGUGCUGUCGGAUCAGAUCAGCGCUCGCUGGCUUUUCGCCAUCGGCCUCUUCGUGGUGGGUGGCAUCAACGUUGCCUUCUCCUGGUCCUCUACUGUGUCCAUGUUCUCACUGCUCUGGUUCAUCAACGGCCUGGGACAAGGCUGUGGCUGGCCCCCAUGUGGCAAGGUGCUGCGCAAGUGGUUUGAGCCCUCUCAGUUUGGAACAUGGUGGUCCGUGCUGUCCUGCAGUAUGAACCUGGCCGGGAGUCUGGGUCCAAUCGUGGUCACAGUGCUCCUGCAAUACUACGACUGGAGGACUAUCCUGACCAUGUCGGGCAUUUUCUGUGCUUCCUUCUCAUUUGUUUGUCUGGUGUUUGUAAAGAAUGAGCCAAAGGAUGUGGGCCUGCCCAGCAUCAAUGCAGCAGCCAAGACGGGAGCUAAGGGAGGCAACAGUGAGAGCACCCUGAGGGAGUUCCUCCUCUCUCCUUUCCUGUGGGUGCUGUCUCUGGGCUACUUGGUGGUGUUUGGGGUGAAGACGGCUGCCACUGACUGGGGACAGCUCUUCCUCAUGCAGGAGAAAGGCCAGACUGCUCUCAUGGGCAGUACCUACAUGAGCGCCUUGGAGGUGGGAGGUUUUGCGGGCAGCCUUGCAUCAGGCUUUCUUACUGACAGGGCUGUGGCUCGGCAAGGCUUGGGCACCCACGGCAACCCUCGGCACGGCCUUCUCAUUCUCAUGAUGGGUGGUAUGUAUGUCUCCAUGUACCUCUUCAGAGUCACCAUCACACCUGAAAUCCCAGAGGAGGCUCCUCUUUGGGUCCAAGUCCUUCAUCCUGUCUCUGUCCUCAUUGGUGUGUCAGAAAAAGAGAUCUGGAUCCUCGUCCUCGGCGUUGUGUUUGGAUUUUCUUCUUACGGACCAAUUGCCUUGUUUGGGGUGAUAGCCAGUGAAAGUGCUCCUUCAAAUUUUUGUGGAACCUCUCAUGCUGUCGUAGCUCUGAUGGCUAACGUGGGGGCUUUUAUGGCGGGGCUUCCCUUCAGCACUGUUGCCAAACAACACAGCUGGGACAUGGCUUUCUGGAUAGCCGAGGUGAUAAUGGCCCUCGCCACCGUUGGGUUCUUCCUUGUACGCAACAUGCGCACCAAAAUGGGGCGGAUCGCAGAGAAAAUGGACUAAUGUAUUUUCCUCAAAGCCAACUGUCUAUGUUCUGUUAUGUGACUAGACAUACGGUUUUCUUGCAGUAUUGACGGCUCUGGAUACAGAAAACUGCACAUUAAUACAACUCUGAUUUGACCAAACAAAACCAGUCAAACGCAGACACAUCUUGGACAUUUUUUUCCUGGUGAAUUGGGUUGAAGUCAUUGUUCAGGGUGGGUGUGAGUCAUUAAACCACUUUAGAUAAAUAAUCAGGUACUUUUGUCACACAUACUUAGAUUUGUCCUCAUAUUCACCAGCACAAAGGUAGAGUAGAUGAUAAUUGUUCAUCACAAGCAAAUAGUUGAAUGCUUCCACUUCCAUAGAGGCAGUUUUCAUGUAGAGACAUUUAACAACAACCUGUGCUAAAAAGGACAUGGAUAUGAAAAUAUGUCAAGGUUUAAGUGGAUUUUGUAGAAAGAAAGUGGAUGUAUGCUGCUCAUUUCAUACCUUGCCUUCAUUGGAGGUUGCUAUAUUUAAGAAUGUGUACUGAUGGGCCUGUAUUUUCUGGACUAUUAUUUGUCUAGGUAUUUGCACAAAUGUGGUAGCAUGCAUCAUGGUCAUCUUACCAAUACCUCGAGUAUUUGUGAAAAUGGAAUUUAAGCAUUGGAGAUCAUGUUAUUUUUGUACAUAGUUCUACAGCACUUGAUACAGAAGACGUCUUAAGCCAUGUCAGCUUUUGUGAUCUGACAUGUUUUUAAGGAUUGUUUAACAUCAAGCCUUUGCUACAGGUGUUUUACCUUUGCUAGUUAUGUACCUAUGUUUCAAAACUGGAUUAUAUACUGUAAACUUUCUCCUCUAUAAAAUCUGUGAGAACUCCAGCAAUAAUGGUUCUACACAGGGUGCCAUGUUGGCAUAUCUCUAUCUAACUGGAAUUGUAAAAUGGCCUUGGAAGGGGUAAAGACAUCUAAUAAAUGUCAAGUUUACUUUUUUCUUA